ACUUAGCUGCAAAUCUCAUCGUCAUCGCCCGAAGAACCUUGUGUCGCGUCUCUUUCCAAUCCAGUCCAAUCCAAUUUUGAUUCGAUUCCUUUCAUUUUGGGAUUCGAGAAGACGUAGUCCGGAAAGAUAUUGUAAUUGGGUUUUCAGGAUUACCCAAUUCUGCAUACCACAGGAUCUCGAUCGAAUGCUUUCCGAUUGGAACCUUUUUUCGUGAUUUCAUUUUCCGAUUCGGCGGAAUUUUGAUUCGCUUCUCGUUUGAUUUCUUAGCCUGCGCCCGUCUGGGAGGCGGUUAAGGAAUCAUCAAUUGAUGAACACAGACGAGUGUAAAAAGAUGCCGGGUUUAGCACAGAAGAAUGAGCAUUACUCUUCUGGGUUUUGGUCCAAGGACGUCGAUGGAGUCAGCUACAAUCAGUUGCACAAGUUCUGGAGUGAGCUGUCGCCGAAAACUAGGCAGGAGCUUCUCAGGAUUGACAAGCAGGCUCUGUUUGAGCAAGCUCGCAAGAACAUGUGCUGUUCCAGAUGCAACGGCCUUCUGCUUGAAAGCUUCUUGCAGAUUGUUUCAUAUGGGAGGUCCUUGCAACAAAAAGGAUCGAUAGGAAACCUUCCGUGCAACAGAUCAGGAGCCUCAAAAGAUCAAAUUGACUGUAACUCAGUGGUCAGUAGCAGAUGUACCGUUGCGUUGCAAGACCCCGCUGUUCAUCAAUGGGGCGGCCUCACCACAACACGCGAUGGAUCACUCACACUUCUUGACUGCUAUUUGUAUGCGAAAUCUUAUAAAGUGCUUCACACUGUGUUUGAAAGUGCCCGUGCUCGAGAGAGGGAACGUGAGUUGCUCUAUCCCGAUGCUUGUGGUGGUGGAGGUCGGGUAUGGAUAAGUCAAGGGAUGACUGGUUAUGGUAAAGGUCAUGGAACAAGAGAAACAUGUGGUUUGCAUGUCACAAGGCUCUCUUGUGAUACUUUAGUGGAUUUUUGGUCUGCGCUUGAAGAGGAUAGUCGACAGUCACUUUUGAGAAUGAAAGAAGAGGAUUUCAUAGAAAGACUAACUUACAGAUUCGACUGCAAGAAGUUUUGUAGAGACUGCAGAAGAAAUGUUAUUCGGGAGUUUAAAUUGCUUAAGGAACAUAAAAGAAUGCAAAGAGAACCACGAUGUACCGACUGGUUUUGUGUUGCCGAUACAGCCUUUCAGUAUGAGGUGGACAUUGAUUCCGUCCGAGCAGAUUGGAGUCAAUAUUUUACAGAGUAUGCUGGAUAUCAUCAUUUCGAGUGGGCAAUUGGAACUGAAGAAGGCGAAUCUGAUAUCCUUGAGUUCAAAUGUGUUGGCAAUGAUGGGAGUGCCCAAGUCAAUGGCCUAGACCUUCGUGGAUUACACGAAUGCUACAUUACUCUCAGGGCAUUUAAAAAAAAUGGCCGCUCCUCCGAGAAAUCCGUCAAAGCCCAUGCAUUGAGAGGCCAACAAUGCGUUCACUCCAGGCUUGUGGUUGGAGAUGGCUUUGUUUCAAUCAAACGAGGGAAAUGCAUUCGAAUGUUUUUUGAGCAUGCUGAAGAGGCUGAGGAAGAAGAGGAUGAAAUCAUGGUAGACAAAGAUGGGAAUGAGCUUGAUGGUGAGUGCCUGCGUCCACAAAAGCACGCUAAGAGUCCAGAACUUGCGCGAGAGUUUCUUCUAGAUGCUGCAGCGGUUAUUUUCAAGGAGCAGGUUGAAAAGGCAUUUAGAGAAGGUACAGCCCGUCAAAAUGCUCACAGUAUAUUUGUCUGCCUUUCAUCGAAACUAUUAGAGCAACGUAUUCAUAUUGCCUGCAAGGAAAUUGUCACCUUGGAGAAGCAGAAGAAACUUCUGGAGGAAGAAGAGAAAGAAAAGCGUGAAGAAGAGGAGCGAAAAGAAAGGAAAAGAACAAAAGAAAGGGAGAAAAAACUUCGUAGAAAGGAGAGGUUGAAGGAAAAAGAACUAGAAAAGGAGCAGAAGAAUCCAAUAUUUAGUGAUAAAGCGAUGUUGCCAAAUUUAUCAAGGGAAGAAAAAGGCUCCUUGAAUCUUGAUCAGGAAAUGAACAAUACUAUAAGCUGCGAGGAGUCUGGAAUUGAAAGUGGAGAUUUAGAUUUGUCUCCUCCUGGUUCUCCUGAUGAUCUAGAUGGAGAGUGUUUGGAUGGUUGCACUUCCCCAAGAGCGGAAACCUACUUUUGUGAUACCACUGAAAGAGAGGUUAUAGAUCAUGAAGAUGGAAACGGGUGCUUCACAAAUGAUAAUUGCAGACCUGUUCAUCAGACAGCAAGAUUCUGGAAAGAACCUCAACCUGAUUAUGCAUUGAGGCGGUCAGAUAAACGCAGAUAUUCGGAGAAUACUUCUUUUGUCAGUAGGGCUGAGGCAAGAUACUGUAAUGAUAGAUUUGAUAUGUCUUCAAGGCAUUUGAACGGGUCGAAGAAAAAUUUAAGAGUAAAGGCUGGGGGUAGCCCAAAUAGCAUUAAGACACAUGAGGGGUCUCAAUGUUCAGAGAACAGGAUUAGUGAGAGGUAUGAUUACCACUCUUGCAGUUGCAAACCCAUUAAUGGAUACUGGGAAAAGGUAGAAUCUAACAGAGGCAUGCGAGAACCUAAAUCCAUAUUCAAAUCAAACCCUGAUCUGGAUGUCUCCAAGCCAGUUAACCGAGCCAAUAGGAAUUCUGAAACAGAUUAUAGACCUAGAAGCAAAGUGACCAUCAGUCAAAAUCCUUCUAUGAUGGAGCCAGUAAAUGUGAGAAAGGUGUUAGACUCCGUGGAGCUGAAGCAUCCAGGACUCAGCUCAAAUUCUGACAAAUCAACAUGUUUAACAUUGAAGGCUGAGGAGUUUGAAGAUCUUAACUCUGCUGCGAAGUCAGCUGAUACACUGUCUCGAUGUAAGGCUACAGAAAUGUUGGGUAAUGUCAUCGUCAAUGACAGCAGCAAGGACUCUGACUUCUGUAAAAAUUCAAUAAAGGAAGGGAAGAAGAUGGAAGUUGACAUAAAACUGAAGAACGAUGACCUGUACUCUAAAGAUCUUAUGAUGAGUAGAACCUCCAGUUCAGAUAAUUGCUCUUCAUGUAUCAGUGAAGGAGAUAGCAAUACAGCUUCAAAUAACGGAAGCACUGAAUCCCCCUCGACGUCUGAUUCUGAAGAUGCCAGUCAGCACUCUAGAGGAAGAGAGGAUCUAGUAGAUACUGAAAACCAUAUGCCUGACUGCCAAGGUAAGAUGACAGAGAAAGAGACAGAGAAGAGAAUCGAUGAAAGAGACCUUUUAAGGAUGAAGAAUAUGUCUAACCUUUCAGCUGAAAACGGGGAAAGUAAAUUAUCAGAAACUCCUUUUACGGUUCCUAGCCAAAACAUGGAAAAUAUGGUACCUGGUGUUAAUACUGGUUCCUAUAUGUCCCAGCCACAAAGCAUGAUGUUUCCCCAAAUGCUUAACCAGAGUAUACCGUUGUCAGUCUUCCAGGCUCCUUCAACAUUGGGUUACUAUCACCAAGCUCCAGUCUCCUGGUCUGCAGCUCCUGCCAACGGAUUAAUGCCAUUCCCUCAUCCUAACAGUUAUGUAUACACAGGUCCUCUUGGAUAUAGUCUGAAUGGAGAGUCCCCGUUAUGCGUGCAGUAUGGAGCCCCUUUGAACCAUUCAGCAACUUUUUUCAAUUCCGGGCCAGUUCCAGUUUUCCAUGCGUUUGGUGAAACCAACACAGUGAACACUGUGGAGCAAGCUCAAACUCUUGAGCCAUUGGAACAGAUUUUUCUGAAGGACGCGGAUGAAGGGAAAUUUAAAGGAAUGUAUCCAGCGGAAACUCCAAGCAGGAGAGGUCCGGAAACUGAUAGUGACGAAAACUUCUCCUUAUUCCACUUCGGAGGGCCGGUGGCUCUGUCUACAGGAAGUAAACCUAAUCCUGCUCAAUCCAAAGAUAGGAUUUUGGGGGAUUUCUCCUUGCAGUUCACAGGAGACCAUGUUUUUGGUGAUCCCACCGGAAAUAAUACUAAGGAGAAAAAGAGCACAGUAGGUGAAGAGUACAACUUGUUUGCGACAGAUAACAGCUUGAGGUUUUCCAUCUUCUAAAGGGUUUUAUACAUUUUGUUGGUUUGUUUGGCGUCUUGGAACAUUGUAAUCAAGCAGUAAAAUCUCUCUGGUUUUAUUUCAUGUAAAGAUCUCUGCAAGAGUUUGUCUUUCUUUUCAAAGGUUUUGAUUUACUCAAAAUGAAUAAUUCUCCA